CGAAAAAGUACAACAUCAACCCCGCCAAUUCAGAUUUUUGCUUUUUUCGUCCAACCACAACUGGGAAUACGAUGUCAAAAAGAGCUGCGGAGGAAUUCGAGAGGGGCAACGCCCCGUUGAAGGGAGGAAAGAGAGUUGAGAAGGCAGAUGAUGUAGACGGUCUGGAGUUUGAGGACGAGUUCGAGGAUGAGUUUGAGAGCGAGGAUGAGAUUUUAGAAGCUGGAGUGGAUGGGAGACCAGAUGCCGAGAGGGAAGCAGAAGAAAAAGCUGAGGCGAUGGAGGUAGACCAACAGACGUUCAUAGUCGGGCGAAACAAGCUCGAGCCUGGCCAGACGCUCUCCCCUGAUCUCUCAACAUACGAAAUGCUGCACGCUCUCAGCACUCCCUGGCCCUGCCUGUCCUUCGAUAUUAUCAAAGACAACCUCGGCGAUAACCGUACCUCGUUCCCCGCAACCAUGUACGCUGUUGCAGGCACGCAGGCCGAUGCCAAGCGCGAGAAAGAGAACCAGAUCAUGGUUAUGAAGUUCAGCGGCCUUUCCCGCAACGAACGCGACCAAGACUCUGAGUCUGACUCCGACGAGGAUGAAGAUUCGGAUCCCAUCCUCGAAUCAGCCUCUAUCCCGCUCAACACCACCACAAACCGCAUCCGCGCCCACCAAACCCCAGCGUCGGACUCCUCCCGCCCCCCUACGACUCUCACAGCCACAAUGACAGAGGCAGGCCAAGUCCUGAUCCACGAUGUCACGCCACACCUUACCUCCUUUGACACCCCAGGCUUCACUAUCACCCCCCAGCACAACAAGCCCCUAUCGACUCUGCGCAUGCACAAGGCCGAAGGGUACGCCGUGGACUGGUCCCCUCUCAUCCCGACGGGCAAGCUCGUAACCGGUGAUAACACUGGUUCUAUUUAUGUCACUACCCGGACCCAAGGCGAGGGCUGGGCCACCGACUCCCGCGCCCUGACUGGCCACACGGGCUCCGUUGAGGAGCUCCAGUGGUCGCCUUCGGAGCGCAACGUCUUCGCCUCUGCGUCUAGCGACGGCACCAUCAAAGUCUGGGAUGUGCGCUCCAAGUCUCGCUCCGCAGCCAUGAGCGUCCAGGUUUCGGAAACAGAUGUGAACGUCAUGUCCUGGUCGCCGCUUACGACGCAUCUCCUCGCGUCUGGCGCCGAUGACGGUGUCUGGGCUGUUUGGGAUCUGCGCAAUUGGAAGCCGGCGCCUACACCAGGAGCAAGCUCGAAGCCUACCCCUGUCGCGAGCUUUGGGUUCCACAAGGAGCAGAUUACGAGUGUGGAGUGGCAUCCGACCGAGGACUCGAUUGUGGCUGUUGCUGCUGGAGACGACACGCUUACACUGUGGGAUCUGGCCGUGGAACUUGAUGAAGAGGAAGCGAGGGGUGGAGAGGAGGGUGUGCCGCCGCAGCUGCUGUUUGUGCAUUAUUUGGAGAGAGUAAAGGAGGCGCAUUGGCACCCGCAGAUCCCAGGCGCGCUGAUUGGAACGGGAGAGAGCUUUAAUGUCUUCAAGACGAUUAGUGUUUAGAUUGGUGAUCAAGAUCAACUACAAUUAUUCAUCAAGAAGUGCUAGCGCUCAAAAUAGACUAAUUUAUGAAUUUUUAUUG